GUCGCAACGUCGCUUUCGUCUUUUAACUCAAUUUGAUAAAUAUUGCAACAAGUAAAAGGGACAUACAUGUGCGUUCACACUGUCUAUAUUUUGUUGAGAUUCGCGUAUCCAGCAUAAUACUUGAAAUCAACAUCGUAAAUCCAAGCAUAGUUAAUUGCAUAGCACAGACGCGCGCUCGCACACACACACACCCACACACGCACACAGCUAACACAUGGAGAGGACUGCAAUGGGCGGCUCGGCGGUGCAGGUGAUCAAUGCAUCCGAGGAGCACACAUUCGUGCUGAACGAGGAUGCGCUCAGCGAGGUGCUAAUGCGAGAAGAGGUCAAAGAUCGCUACGUCUGCGUUGUUUCCGUGGCGGGUGCGUUCCGUAAGGGCAAGAGCUUUCUGCUCGAUUUCUUUCUCCGCUACAUGUACUCAAAGUACGUGCGACAUGACGUCACGGACUGGCUGGGCGAUGAGACGGAACCGCUAUCAGGUUUCUCAUGGCGCGGCGGAUCGGAGCGAGAUACCACCGGCAUACUAAUGUGGUCUGACAUAUUCCUGCACGAUUAUCCCAAUGGCGACAAGAUCGCCGUCAUUCUGCUGGACACACAGGGUGCCUUCGACAGCCAGAGCACCGUGCGCGACUGUGCGACAGUGUUUGCCCUGAGCACAAUGCUGUCCUCGGUGCAGAUAUAUAAUCUCUCACAAAACAUACAGGAGGAUGACCUGCAGCAUCUGCAGCUGUUCACCGAAUACGGCCGACUGGCGCUGGCUGACACUGGUAAGAAGCCAUUCCAGCGUUUGCAGUUCUUGGUGCGAGACUGGAGCUUCCCGUAUGAGGCGGAGUACGGCGCACUGGGUGGCGACAAGAUACUUAAGCGUCGCCUCGAGGUGUCCGACAAGCAGCAUCCGGAGCUGCAGUCGUUGCGUCGCCACAUUUCUGCGUGCUUCACCGAGGUCGCAUGCUUCUUGAUGCCACAUCCGGGUCUCAAUGUAGCCACAAAUCCACAGUUCGACGGCCGUCUGAAGGAUAUAACGCCCGAAUUCAAGAAUAGUCUGAGAACACUGGUUCCCAUGCUCCUGGCACCUGACAAUCUGGUGUACAAGGAGAUCAGUGGACAGCGCGUGAGAGCCCGCGAUCUCAUUCAGUACUUCCAAUCGUAUAUGAGCAUCUACAAGGGCAACGAGCUGCCCGAGCCGAAGAGCAUGCUGGUGGCCACUGCCGAAGCGAACCACUUGACUGCCGUCGCGGCCGCCAAGGAGCUGUACAACCAGCUCAUGGAGGAAGUGUGUGGUGGCACGCGGCCUUACCUAAGCACCGCACACCUGGAAACUGAGCACUUGCGCAUCAAGGACAAGGCACUGUUCCAGUUCGCCACGAAACGCAAGAUGGGCGGCGAGGAGUUCACGGAGCGCUUUCGCCUACAGCUGGACACAGAUCUGGAGGAGGUCUUCGUGAACUAUCGGGCGCACAAUGAGAGCAAAAACAUCUUCAAGGCAGCGCGUACGCCGGCCGUGUACUUUGCCUGCGCCGUCAUUAUGUACAUAGUCAGCGGCAUCUUUGGAUUGGUUGGCCUCUACACGUUUGCCAAUUUCUGCAAUCUAAUCAUGGGCGUGGCGCUGCUGACGCUGGCGCUCUGGGCAUACAUCAGGUAUAGCGGCGAGCUGAGCGAUUUCGGCGGAAAGCUGGAUGAGUUUGCAACGCUUAUGUGGGAGAAUUUCAUGCGGCCAAUCUAUCAAGGCUGCAUGGAGAAGGGCAUCCAGCACGUGGCCACGCAUGCGACUGAGGCUGCCAUUGGCGGCAGUAGUAGCGGUGGCCGCUCCACUGCCAGUGCUGUAAAUGGCAAGGUGAAGCGGUCAUGAGAAUACGCCCAAGUCGCACAGCACAAGUCGCAGCCACCUCCCGGGACGCGUCAGCCACAAACGACUAACAACAAUAACAACAACAACGUCGCUUGCAAGUCAAACAAGAAAAGCAAUUAUCACAACAGUGGCGGCAGCCUCUUGAGUAGCCUUUGGGAGAAGAUAAGUGGAGCGAAUACUCCACCGCAGCCAACGACCCACUGCUCCGCCUCAUCCAACUCAUCCACAGCCGCCGUAAGCAGUCGCAAAAAGCGUAAAUCGAAGCGCAAUUAAUUAGGUCCUUUGUAGCCGCGUUUAUCAAUUUUUGAAAUGUCGUCGUCGUUUGAUUUGUAUAAAUUUAAGCCCUACAAUGGAUAGAAAAACAAAAAUCUAGUAGUUAAUCGCCCUAAAAGGAAUAUUGUUUUUUAUAUUACGUACACUACUUUAAUGGCUCAGCGCAGCGCGAAGUAAUAUAUAAUUAUAUAUAAUAAUAUACAUAGUAAGUGGCUCGUAUUUGUUGAAAAUCAAAUUUUAAAUUGUUUUUUAUAUGCAUAUAUAUUUACCUACAUAUAUUGAAAAGAUAAUUGAAGACCCAAUCUUUAACGCUGUAAUAUAAAGAAAUCGCUAACGAA